AUGCCGUGCUCCAGGCAGGCUCUGGGUGGAAUAGAACCUGUCUGGCUGCCCUAUGCCGUGCUCCAGGCUCUGGGUGGAAUAGAACCUGUCCGGCUGCCCUAUGCCAUGCUCCAGGCUCUGGGUGGAAUAGAACCUGUCCGUCUGCCCUAUGCCAUGCUCCAGGCUCUGGGUGGAAUAGAACCUGUCCGGCUGCCCUAUGCCAUGCUCCAGGCUCUGGGUGGAAUAGAACCUGUCCGGCUGCCCUAUGCCAUGCUCCAGGCUCUGGGUAGAAUCGAACCUGUCCGGCUGCCCUAUUCCAUGCUACAGGCUCUGGGUGGAAUAGAACAUGUCCGUCUGCCCUAUGCCAUUGCUCCAGGCUCUGGGUAA